GAUGAGCUACUACGGCAGCAGCUACCGGAUGGUGAACGCGGACUGCCGGUUCCCGGGUUACCCGCCCGAGCAGGCGGUGGCGGAGAAGAGGCGGGCGCGCCGGCGCCUGCUGCACAAGGACGGCAGCUGCAACGUCUACUUCAAGCACAUCUUCGGGGAGUGGGGCAGCUACGUGGUGGACAUCUUCACCACGCUGGUGGACACCAAGUGGCGGCACAUGUUCGUCAUCUUCUCUCUGUCCUACAUCCUCUCCUGGCUGACCUUCGGCUCCAUCUUCUGGCUCAUCGCCCUGCACCACGGGGAUCUGUUGAGUGACCCGGCCAUCACGCCCUGCGUGGACAACGUGCAUUCCUUCACGGCGGCCUUCCUGUUCUCCUUGGAGACGCAGACCACCAUCGGGUACGGCUACCGCUGCGUCACCGAGGAGUGCUCGGUGGCGGUGCUCAUGGUGAUCCUCCAGUCCAUCCUCAGCUGCGUCAUCAACACCUUCAUCAUCGGCGCCGCCCUGGCCAAGAUGGCCACGGCGCGCAAGCGGGCGCAGACGAUCCGCUUCAGCUACUUCGCGCUGGUGGGCAUGCGCGACGGGAAGCUGUGCCUCAUGUGGCGCGUGGGCGACUUCCGGCCCAACCACGUGGUGGAGGGCACGGUGCGCGCGCAGCUGCUGCGCUACGCCGAGGACGCGGAAGGGCGCAUGACCAUGGCGUUCAAAGACCUCAAGCUGGUCAACGACCAGAUCAUCCUGGUCACCCCCGUCACCAUCGUGCACGAGAUCGACCGCGAGAGCCCCCUGUACGCCCUGGAUCGCAAGGCCCUGGCCAAGGACAACUUCGAGAUCCUGGUGACCUUCAUCUACACGGGCGAUUCCACGGGCACCUCCCACCAGUCCCGCAGCUCCUACGUGCCCCGCGAGAUCCUCUGGGGCCACCGCUUCCACGACGUCCUGGAAGUGAAGAGGAAGUACUACAGGGUCAACUGCCUGCAGUUCGAGGGCAGCGUGGAGGUCUACGCCCCCUUCUGCAGCGCCAAGCAGCUCGACUGGAAGGACCAGCAGCUCCUCCACGUGGAGAAAACCACCGCCGCCGCCUCCUCCUCGCCCGGCCGCCCGGCGGCCUGCACCACCCCCGCCGCCGCCGACCUCAAGGUCAGACGAAGGUCAUUCAGCGCCGUGGCCAUCGUGAGCAGCGGCGGCGAGAACCCGGAGGACCACACCGCCUACGACCCCGAUGAAUGCAAGGAAACGCCCUAUCAGAAGGCCGUCCUGACUUUAAAUCGAAUCUCGGUGGAAUCCCAGAUGUAGCC